CAUAGACCAGCGGUUAUCUUCUACCUCUCCUGCGUCUGUUUCUUCAAUCCUAAGCAAAACUCCAUUUUCUUUGGUUGCUUCCUCGUCGCCAUCACAACGCCUAACUUCAUCUUCUCUGACAUAAUCAGUCCUAAGAGGGAUCACAAAUCAAACUCUCUGUUUCUUGGCUUAAACACUCCACAAUGAGUACACGUUAUUCAACUCAACUGCAAUCAUCAGCCAUUACAUCCAUCACCGUCUCCUCAUCUUCCUCCUUAGACACCACCACUCCACGAGAUGAUGAUAACACUCGCAUGUCUCCAGCUUCCAACACUCGUGUUAACUCUCCAACAUCCUUCUUGAUAAGACUUGCAAUGAGGGUAUCUAGAGCAAGGUGGUUCAUUUUCUUGAGAAGAGUGUUUCAUUACCAGAACGGUUCAAGAUCCGAUCUUGGCGCCAACCCUUUUGAGUCAACCACUUGGAUGAUAUCAGAGCUCAUCGCUUUACUCGUACAGAUCACUGUGAUCACAUCCACACUAGCUUUUUCCAAGAGCGAGCGGCCUAUUUGGCCCGUGAGGCUCUGGAUCACCGGGUACAACGUUGGAUGUUUACUCAGUCUGAUGAUAUUAUACGGUCGGUACCGUCAGCAAGACAUUAGCCAAGGCAAUGGGUUUACCUUUGGUGAUAUUGAGCAGCAGCAACAGAGAAGCAGAGAAGAGACCAGGUGCUCGCAUUUGAUGAACAGAUGCAGGACAUUGCUGGAGCUCUUCUUUGCGAUAUGGUUUGUGAUAGGAAACGUAUGGGUGUUUGAUUCUCGGUUCGGUUCUUUCCACUAUGCUCCAACCCUUCAUGUCCUCUGCAUCUCUCUUCUCGCUUGGAACGCUCUCUGCUACUCCUUCCCGUUUCUUCUCUUCCUCCUGCUAUGUUGUGUUGUGCCUCUCAUUAGUAGCUUCCUAGGCUACAACAUGAACAUUGGAUCCUCGGAGAAAGGAGCUUCAGAUGACCAAAUCUCCAGUCUCCCAAGUUGGAAGUACAAACUCAUCGAUGAAACAUCUGAUUCUGAUUCUUCUCACGCAAGCAAUGAUCCGGAGUGUUGCAUAUGUUUGGCCAAGUAUAAAGAUAAAGAAGAAUUGAGAAAGCUACCAUGUUCGCAUAGGUUUCAUGUAAAAUGCGUAGAUCAAUGGCUUCGUAUCAUCUCGUCUUGUCCUCUCUGCAAACAAGAUCUCCCCAACUAAACGAGUCAGACGAUUGAUUGGAAUCACUGAGUCCAACCAUGUUCCAUGCCUUUGUUGUUCAUUACUUGCGUGUUUCUUGUCUUUUAUGUUGUCGUCCACUCGGACCACACCGGGUUACUUGUGUGAAUGUUAUUGUUUUUUUGUUGUUGUACAAAAGGAGCUCACCAGGAACCGUAACCAUCAUACGCCAUAUACAUGAAUAAAUAAGAUUCAAGAUAA